AUUCUUUGCUUGGCAGGGUUUCUCAUCGUCGUCCCUUACUUCUUUCGAUAAUUUUUUCCCGCAGAUCAAAGCACACACCACUACCCUUCAAUUUCUUCUCCCUCUGUUUUUCCACUCACAAAAUUCUACCAAAUGCGCUGUUAAUCGAAGGGUGGAAUACACAAUGGCAUUGCACUAGUGUUGGGGGAGUGUCUGUGGUUCACACCCGUUUGUUCCCAUCACUCGUUUGUCGAAUCCGACGGUUACAAACCCUUAUUUUCAUUUCUUUUGGAUCGUGGAUUUGCCUCAAGGAACGUGAUUUAUUGCGGAGGAGUCGUGGUGAAUUGUCUGGGUUGGGCCGAGUUUCGGAUGAUGAAUCAUAGUAACAGGAACAGUAGCAAUCAAGAAAGUUGUGAUAUGAACCAAUCGAUUAUGUUUAUGGGCGGUGGCGGAGGAGCCACCAGGUCAUGGGGCAUCACUGUUUCUGGUCAGUCUUUGUCGACGAGCGGUAGCGUCGGAUCGCCCUCCUCCCGAAGUGAGGCUGCCAUGGCGACUGCUGCAACUGACGGUGCAUUGGGCCUGAUGAGCUGUCAUGACAGCCAAGGGGAUGACGCACGAUCGCAAGGGACUGCUGGCAACAGGAAGAAAAAGAGGGGCCAACGUGCAGUUGGAGGUGACAAGAGUGGCAGAGGGCUUCGUCAAUUUAGCAUGAAAGUGUGUGAGAAAGUGGAAAGCAAAGGGAGGACUACAUAUAAUGAGGUGGCCGAUGAACUUGUUGCUGAGUUUGCAGAUUCCAACGACAGUCUGGCAUCUCCUGAUCAGAAACUAUACGAUGAAAAAAACAUACGCCGGAGAGUAUAUGAUGCUUUAAAUGUGCUUAUGGCGAUGGAUAUAAUAUCAAAAGAUAAGAAGGAAAUACAAUGGAAAGGUCUACCUCGAACUACCUUGAAUGACAUUGAAGAACUGAAGGCGGAACGGCUCACACUUCAAAAUCGUAUUGAUAAGAAAGCAGCCUAUUUGGAAGAACUCCGGGAACACCAUAUUGGUCUUCGAAACCUCAUUCGGCGCAAUAAGCAAAUAUACAGGUCGGGAAAUGCUCCAACCGGCGGCGUUUCAUUCCCAUUUAUUAUGAUCCAGACUCGUCCUCAUGCCACAGUGGAACUUGAAAUAUCCGAAGACAUGCAGCUGGUACAUUUUGAUUUCAACAGCACUCCCUUCGAGCUACAUGAUGACUACUAUGUUCUCAAAGCCAUGAAUUUCUGCAAAGAUACACAGUCUGACAGCAAAAAUAAUUACAUUCCCUCAGAUGGAGGCGAAAUGUCGAUUGUGAACAUUCCUGCGCCCCAAUCUCAAGUAGCGCCUCGCUAUCUGUCAAACCCGAACAAAUUUGGUAUGCCUCUCGCCUCUCCCCCACUUCCCGGGAUAAUAAAAUCGCGAGUCAAGUACGAGCAUUAGGCCUAUUCCAGUUCCCUAUUAUUCUUCGACAAUUCACUCGUUGCAUCGAUAUGGCUCUUCGUUUGUACAUGGUGUAAUAUGUGAAUAUGGGACGAUGGAAUUUCUUAUGAUGAUAUAUUUUGUCACACCGUUGGUUAUAAGAUCCUCUUUAAUGUUUGCUACGACGACAGUUGAGGGGGUGAGUAGAAGUCUUAUAGAUCAUCUUCCUCUUCAUAAUUGUACAAGAUUGACUGUAACCAUUUUUUGAUUGCUGAAUAUGUUUGAAUCUAUAUUACAAUAUAGGAGUAGUUGCUAUUUCAAUCACAAA